GUUUGUUCCAGAAGGUAUGAAAUUCCAAUGGAUUUUAAUUUUUUUUAUGAAAAUAUUACCUACAAUAACUUUGCAAUUCAAGAAAUAUCCGUAUGCCGAUAUGACUUUCGAACAAAAAAUUGCCUUUGAUGGUUACCCACUGGAAUCGUACAAAACAACGACAGCGGACAACUACAUUCUGACAAUAUACAGAAUACCUUGGGGUCGGAAAAAUGUACAGAAAACCACAAGAAGUCCUGUUCUCUUAUUACAUGGCCUGGGAGCUACACCAGAUAUGUUUGUACUUCAAGGCGCGAACAAAUCUUUGGCGUAUAACUUAGCAGAUGGAGGUUUUGAUGUUUGGCUUUUAAAUGCUAGAGGAGUCAUAAAGUCACGAGGCCAUAAAUAUUAUAACAUAAACAAAGGCAAGAAGUACUGGAAUUUUGGUUUCCAUGAAGUCGCUGUUUACGAUGUAACAGCAAAUAUAGAUUUUAUACUAACUAAAACAAAACAAAAACCAUUUGUUAUUGGUCAUUCACAGGGGAACACUUGUUACUUUAUAAUGAUGGCUGAGAAACCAGAAUAUAAUGAAAAAGUCAAAUUAGGUGUAGCAUAUGGUCCUGGUAUAAAGUUUGACAUAGACAAUCCGUUUAUACCUCCUUUAUUAUAUAUUACAGGUCUCUUAAAGGCAAUUUACGAUUUGUUUGGAUUUUAUGAAUUAAUUCCUAACCCAAGCUUAUUAACUACUGCAAGAGAUUUAUGCAAAGAACAAACAUAUUUCUUAGAAUUAUGUUUUCAAGUGAUAAAUAUUAUUGGGACUCAUGAGUCGAAACUGAUAAAUAUGGAUUUGACUCCAGCAAUUAUUGGUGCAGCAGCUCGUGCACGAAUUUCGGUUUAUCAAAUCCUCCAUUAUGUGCAGAUUAUUAAAACAGGUCGUUUUGGUCAGUAUAAUUAUGGUCCUACAAUAAAUAUGAAAAUAUAUGGAAAUAUAACACCACCUCUUUAUAAUUUAAAACAGAUUACAUCACCAGUUAUUCUUUUUUAUGCCCAAAAAGACGAACUGGGAACGAUAAAGCUAGCGGACGAUACAAUUAAGGAACUUCCCAAUGUUUAUUUAUAUGAAAAAGUUCAAUUCGAGAACUUCAACCACAUAGAUUUUCUUUUUGGAAGGAACGCUACAAAGUUAGUUUAUCAAAAAACUAUUAAGAUGUUUCACGAUUAUGAUUACAAACUCAAAAGUAAAAUCGAUGCUGAA